ACAUCCAAGAUGUUUAGAUCCUGUUUCGACAUCUUAGUGGUGGCGCUCUUGUUGUUCCCCUGGUCUAACGCUGCUUCCACUAGUAAUGUUACAGAAGGCUGUGAUGUAAAUAGCUCAGUGGAGAAAAAAAUCUUCUGUUAUUUCAACGCUGAAGAUGACUCUUUCAAGAUAGACUCCAUCAACCCGUGUCUCUGCACUCAUCUGGUUUAUGAUUACUGGGGUAUCCUUCCAAAUCUAACUCUUUCUUCAGUGCCAGGCGAGGAGUUAAAGGCGCUAACUCUGUUGAAACAAAUCAACCCACAAGUUAAAGUGCUGGUAUCUUUACGGGGAGUUCAAACCGAGAAUGAUAAAAAUACGACUUCGAAAGAAGAAAAUGUUGUUGAACCCAAAGCCUUAGAGAGAUUUGCAGAAUCUGUGCGUAAGUUUGUAGACAACUUCCAUGUGGAUGGUGUGGUCAUCGAUGUCCAGUAUAGGCGACACAACAGAUUGGACAAACUGGACCCCCAUAAGGAAGGAGUCACUCUUUUGUUAAAGGCAAUACGAGAAGCUUUGGAUAAGAAAAUCGCCUCCAGUGACAGAAUUAUUGGAGUAACAGUGUCCAGACAUCCAUUUAGUCUCAUCAACGGCUAUAAUUUUGGUCACUUAUCAAGCUACGUGGACUUUUUUAAUCUACCAGCCUUUGACCUGGUGGCCAACAAAAGAGGAAGUGAUUUCAGUCAUCCGGCACGCUUACAUGGAGUAGGAGACAUGGAGAAUAUGGACUCUUUAGUUGAUCUGAUGCUGUCGCUAGGGGUCCAGAGAGAGAAACUAAUAGUCGGUAUACCAGCUCAUGGAAUAUCUUACAAAAUGAUAGGCAGUACCGAACUGUCAAGAUCAUCUCCAAAUGCUUGGACGGUUCCAUAUUCGGAGCUCUGUAAGUUAUCUGGAGCUCCCUGGUGGAAAGUACAUCGCGAGAAAGACCAAACAGCACCUUUUGUUUUUGACAGAGACAUAAAAGUUGGGUUUGACGAUGAAAUUAGCGUGAGACUGAAGGCUAAAUACAUCCUUCUAAGAAAACUUGGCGGAGCCACCUUGUGGUGGAUAAACGAAGAUGAUUCUCAAGAUGAUUGCGGUAGAGGUCACUAUCCUCUUCUCCGUAACGUGUGGGAUGUAUUUUCGGACAACGUGAAGAACGGUACCAAGUUAGAGUUGGGGUUGGACGAUCUCGAGGAAUACCUAGAGGGUGCUGAGUCUCAGUUCGUUGAUGUUGUGGAUAAAGUGGGUUUGAUUGAUCGUAUCGAUGGGUAUAAUGUGAAAGUUUGUUCCCGACAAGGCUACUACAGACAUUCCGAGGAUUGUAGCCGAUUCUACCGCUGUGUUAAGUUUAACCAAUACAGCGAGGAGUACACUAUAUUUGAAUAUGACUGUCCACCAGGCCUCGUCUUUGAUGAACGAUAUGAAGUAUGUAACUGGCCAUCGUGGUCUCCCCCUUGUGAAGGAUCAGGAGAAGUCUUCCCUGUUCCUAGGGACACCUUCAUUUGUCCAGGUCCUGGUUACUUUCAUGAUCCAGAAAACUGUAGGUGGUUCUACUACUGCAUGGAUUUCUGGGGUAAUAGUACUCUUCAGGCUUUUGAGUUUAAAUGCCCUUUUAAUCUAGUAUUUGAUGAGGAUAAGUUGUUGUGUAAUUGGCCAUGGUUGGUUCCAGGAUGUUACAAUAUUUAUGGACUCUUUGGAACACGAAUUAGAGGAUAUAAUGGGAAUAUUCCAAGAGCUAAUUACCAGGAAAUUGGAAUAGACCCCGAAUAUAAACUUGGUGGCCUAUAUACUGAUGAAAAAACUCCUUAUGCUGGAUAUGACGACCGAAUACAAGCAAGACCAGUGCUUGAUGGGACAAACAAAGAAUAUUUAGGUCUAAGUGGAUUUCAUGGAAAUGGAUACCAAACAGGAUUCCGACAACUAAGGCCAUACUCAAAUGGACUUCUUAAUGGUCAAAAGAAGAACUAUUAUCUAGGACGUGGACUAGGAGGUUUAUCAACGGGACCCGUUGUUAAACAAAAAUAUCUAAUACCAGUGCCCCAGGUUGGAUCUGAUAUUUCUACAUUUUAUAAUGAACAAGGCAGAGCAGGAUUUAAUCCGCAUAUUUUACAAGAUGGACAACAAUAUAUCAGUCAUACUGGGCAAGCUGAUUUAGGGUUUAUUGAUCGGGGUGAACAAAGUUAUGGUAGCCAAGUUGAAAAUGAUAGACCAGAACUCAUUGAUGAGGUUACAGGUGAUAAUCCUGUGCUUGUUAGUGAGGUCGGACAAGGCAGUCCAAAUUAUGAUAGUCAAGUUAAACAGGGUAUUCCAGUUUAUGUAAGUCAAAUUGAACGAGGAUCUCCAGAAUUGAUAGAACAAGUUGAACAAGAAACACCAGGACUUGUUAGUGAGGAUAAAAGAGGUAACACAGAGUUUAGUGAUCAGGUUAAUCAGGGUUUUCCAAUAUCUGUAAGCCAGGAUGAACAAGGAACACAAGACUUUCAAGGUAAACUUGUACAAGGAGGACCAGGAUUUGUUAGUGAAGGCAAACAAGGUGUUCCAGAAAAUGUUGACUUAGUUAUACAGGAUAGUCCAGAGUGUGUUGAACAAUGUGGACAAGGAAGUCCAGAGUUUAUUGAUCAAGCUAAACCAGAAACUCCAGAGUUUGUUAAUCAAGAUGUACAAGAAACUCCAGAGUUUUUAAAUCAAGAUGUACAAGAAACUCCAGAGUUUUUAAAUCAAGGUAUACAUGUAACUCCAGGGUUUGUUGACCUAGGUAGACAAGAAACUCCAGGGUUUGUUGACCUAGGUAGACAAGAAACUCCAGAAUUUGCUAAUCAAAGACAAGUGACUCCAGCAUUUGUCAAUCAAGGUAGACAAGGAAUUCCGAAACUUAUUAGUCACCAUCAACUUAUAAGUUAUGGUAAUUCAGAUAAGUACAUCCCUGAAACCUUCUCUCCAACUGGAAAAGGAUCUAGUUUCUAUUAUGUACCAAUUGCUAGGGAUCCUUACCUUGAGUCAACACCAAAUAGAUCAUGGUUGAAAGAAUUAAGUAUUCGUGCACUUUUUGAAACUGGUGGACCUUACAUAAAAGAUCAAUAUCAUACAAGACAACAGAAUGAGCAACUUGAUACUCAUCAAGGAAAGCUUUUUCCGUUGGUUCCUUCGAUAGGAAAGCGAUUUGUGUCAUAUUUUAUCAAAGGAGAUGACGUUUUCAGAAAAGGAAACGGUGCUAGACAUAUUACACCAGCCAGACCAAUAUCGCCGUACAAACACACUCCUCUCAAUCCAUCGGUAAUCAUACAUUCUCCUCAAACAAAUAAAGAAAUUUUCCCUUAUAGAAACCAGUAUGUUCUACCGGAAACACUUUAUAAUGGUGUCAAAAAACCUGAAUACUCAUAUGUACCACGCAGACGGCUCCCUGUUUAUCCAGGACGUCUUAAUCUGAGGACUCAAUAUACAACAGGUCAAGAAAGGGGAAUUUGGCCUGAACAAAAACCAGUUACACCUUAUAAAAGACCAGUAAAUGUUCCAUACUUCCCUGAUAUUAGAUCUGGUGGUUUACAACAGACUGUUAUUGGCUACCAAGAUACAGGAAGGCCACCCAGUGAGAGAACUUUAAAUAAACAAACACUAUUAGAACAACCAUUAAAAAUUCAAGGAUUUCAAACACCUAAUGAAAAUUAUAACUUGCAUUUACCCAAAUGGGAGACUUCAGCACAAGAACACAAUCUUAAAAAUCCCCUUAAACCCUCAGCUGUUCCUAUAGCUCAUGAUAAUUAUAAUAUAUUACCACCAAAUGAAUAUAUUUCAGAACAAGAAGUCCCAAAACAGCCCUUUAAGACUGUAAAUAUACUUCCACCUAGGGGAAAAAUAUUAGUGCAGCAAGAAGUUCCAGAACAGCCUUUAAAGACUUUAAAUAUACCAGUGACUGGAGAAUAUUAUAAAAUACCACCAUCUACUGUCAUUUUAAUACAGGAAAUUCCAGAUCAAAUACCAGAGACCUUAGAUGGUGAAAAUUAUGAUCUGCCGCCAAGUAUUCAGGAAGUUCCGAUACAGCAACAAAUUUCAGAAGAUCCGAAAAAUGCUCCAAACAUACCAAUUACUUCUUAUGAUUACGAGCAACCGCCACCUAAUGGAGAGAUUUUGUUACAACAAGAUAUUCUAGAACAACCACUGAAUCCCGUAGAUGUACCAAUAUCUGAUAUAAAUUUUGAACCACCACCACCUAAUGAUGUUCCAACAGAUGGUGAAAAUUAUGAUCUGCCGCCAAGUAUUCAGGAAGUUCCGAUACAGCAACAAAUUUCGGAAGAACCGAAAAAUGCUCCAAACAUACCGACUAUUGCUGAUGAUUACGAGCAACCCCCACCUAGUGGAGAGAUUUUAUUACAACAAGAUAUUCUAGAACAACCACUGAAUCCCGUAGAUAUACCAAUAUCUGAUAUAAAUUUUGAAACACCACCACCUAAUGAUGUUCCAACAGAUGGUGAAAAUUAUGAUCUGCCGCCAAGUAUUCAGGAAGUUCCGAUACAGCAACAAAUUUCAGAAGAACCAAAAAAGGCUCCAAACAUACCAAUUACUUCUUAUGAUUACGAGCAACCGCCACCUAAUGGAGAGAUUUUGUUACAACAAGAUAUUCUAGAACAACCACUGAAUCCCGUAGAUGUACCAAUAUCUGAUAUCAAUUUUGAACCACCACCACCUAAUGAUGUUCGAACAGAUGGUGAAAAUUUUCCUCCAGUUAGGGAAGUUUUGAUUCAACCAGAAGUUCCUGGUACUUCAUUGGAAGGAAAAAAUGAGAAUAUCGAACAACCCAUAGAAAAUCCAAUUAUAGCACCCCCUGAUGGCAAGAAUUAUGUACCACCUGGUAGUGAAGAAAUAAUAAUACAACAAGAAUUCCCUGUUUUGCCAGAUGAAUUCGGGAAAGAAGGAAUUGGACAAAAAUUAAAUCAACCCACUAUUCCAUUUUUUAAUGAGAAUUUUGAUUCAGUCCCACAAGAAGGGUUAAAAUAUGGGUAUUCUGAUCAAACAAACGAAUCUCCACCUCUACUGCCAUUAGGCGGAGAGCCUGAUUUAUUGCUACCUAAUGGGGAGGCUGUAAUACAAAAAGAACCAGACACUGUUGGUAUAGUACCAGAAGAUGUAAGUGAUAAACAAUCAUUAGAAGCUGCAGCUCUACGACCACCUGGUGGCGAGUUUGCUCAACCUCCCUUAAAUAUAGAAACUCCUGUACAAGAAGUAAUUCCAAUUGUUUCUGAAAACCUGGAUGAGGACAUAAUUGAAGAAAAACCGUUUAUAGUUGAAGAUUCACCGCCAUCUGAUUAUGAGGUUCUUCUCCAGCGUGUAGAACCAAUAAGUGAAACUCCUCUAAAACCUGUGCCGAAUGACUUUCCUUACAUUGACAAUGUUAAAGACAUUCCGCGAGAAGAUACACUGAAAAUUAAUCAAGAGAUACCGGAAGAAGCGGAUAAUCUGGAUCGAUUCCGUAGCCCUCUAGCGGGAAAGUUAGCUGUAAAGGGGCGAAACAACAUUCCUGUAACAGCUUGUACCCGUCCUGGCUUGUUUCGACACCCAGAUGAUUGUGGAAAGUUUUAUGAAUGUUACUGGGACAAAACUAUUAAUAAAUUUACCUUGCACAUAUUCAGUUGUCCUGUCAAACUAGUGUUCGACGAGCAUAUUCUAGGCUGUGGUUCUUCAUGGUCAGGGCUUCCUUGUGUGACAAAGAAAUAGGAAAUUAUUUUAUUGAUUAGAUUAUCCUCUAAGGGUGAAAGACUUAUCGCGAUAGUAUUUGAUGAAAGAUUAUUGAUUCUCAUUAAGUUAACAAA